CCUGGCGCCGCCGUCGGGCGGCCGCCUCCACCGGCUGCACCGCAAGCUGGGGCGCCUGUUCUCGCGCUCGGGCCGCUACGCCGGCGUGCAAACGGUGUGCGACGGGGCCGACGGUGACGACGUGUCACAGCACCCGGCCGGCGUCAGGAGGGCGUGUCGCUGCGCGUGCCGGUGCUGCUGAUCUGCGGCAACCGCAGCCCGUACGUAGACGAGACGGUGACGUUCAACUCGCGCCUCGACCCGGCCAACUCGCAGUGGAUGAAGAUCCACGACUGCAGCCUGCCACUGGAGGAGCAAGUGGCCAAGGUCUGCGAGGCCUUCCGGCUCUUCCUGCAGGGACAGGGAUUCGUGCCGGGCAUUGGUCGCCGGAUGUCGGUGGAGGGCGCCGCCCACUAGCGCCGCUUGCCACUCCCCGCCCCCUGCCCCUCGUGCUGUCCUCCGGCACCCGCCGGACGGCCGGGCCGCACGGCGGCGCGGGCGCAGUGGGCGCUCGUGGCGCCUCCUCCGGGCGGGGAGGCCCGCGCGCACGGAACCCAGCUUCGGUAGUUCGUCGGUCGGCCGCCAGGGGACCAGCUGGCCGGCAGCGCUUCGUAUUUCGCGUUGUGGUGUGAGCUUGGUCGGCGUCGUAGCUGCUGUUGGAGGUUUCAGCACGCCAAGCCAGCGUCGGGCGCUGUCUGAACCAUGCGCGCACCGCUGGGCCGCGGGACCCCGAUCGGCCGGUGUUAUCACAGGCCACAGACGCCGCCGGCUGGCAGCGAUCAUGAUCAGAGCGGGACACCGCCUCCUGACACUUUGGCAAUCUCACGGCCUAGCCAGUCGCCUUGCUGUGACGUUCCCCGGGUGUGGAAGAUCCUCACCCGGGGCGCGCCGGCGCCGGCUGGCUGCCGCUUCCCCGCCACAUGCCUUUUGCGCAUUUACUUUUUUAUUACUUCGGGCAUCGUGGAAUAUGGAGUGCGGCGACCGCCGAUGCAGGCGACCAGAUGUGUUGGCGCGUCGCGCGACUCCCAUGUCACCUCCUUCGGUUCCGGUCCCCCUUCCUUGGCCCUGGAGACUGCCACGUCCUCUCCUGUGUCCCGUUUCUUCCUCGGCCCGGGAGACCUACGUGUCUUCUCUGCUUCCGGCAUCUCUCCCCAACCCUUCAGGUUGUCACGUCCUCUCCCAGCUCUCAGUUCCCAUCCUCCGUAUCCCCUCAACCCUUGAGAGUCCCACAUCUCCUCCCCAGCUGGGAAGGUCUGGGCGUCCUUUCCCCGCCGUCAGCCCCGUCCUCACUUGUACCCCCGGCCCGUGCGAAUCUCAUGCCCUGGUCGCCUCUUGUCCCGCUCCUUCGCCUGAGCCUGCGACGUUCCUGCUCUGUUCCCAGUCCCGCUGCUGAACCCGGUGACGCUGGCGAGGCGGCGCCGCCAGCGGGCGGGCGGCGCCGAUGUGACGGAGCGGUCGGAGGCGUGGCUGGUGACCGAGGACGGCCGAGGGGACGGGACGGCGGCGCCGCGCUAGCCAGGGGACCGGCUGGGCGCCAGCUCCGCUCACCACCGCGCCGCACAGACGCUCCGUUGUAGUUAACUUAUCAAUCAAUACACUGCGUACGGUACUUA